CGCUUCCUGUACCGAGGGCGGGGCUUUUUCUAGUCCUUUGUCCAAAACACACUGAAUAACAACAGUAUAAUAGUAGUUAGCACCUCAUUUAUCACCUAACUUUUAUAACUAGCUUAGCACUAAAGCAAGAACUUCAGAGAAGCGGUUUUUUUUUUAUGAGAAAUGUUUGCCAUAGCAACCAAAAACUUUGUGAAGGAGGUGGAUGAUGGGGGCUUACUGAUCCCAGUGUCCAGCCUGAAUGACAACAUGGAGCUUCUGACGGUGGUGGUGAAGCAUAAACGCUCCCGGUUCUGGCAGAAACCCAAAUAUCUUCCAACUGACUUCACCCUGAAUGACCUGCUGACAGGAGAUUCGCCCAUAACACCAACUGUGCUAGAUAUAGACUUCAUCAAGUACAGCGGCACAUAUGGCGGUGGCAUGGAGGGAAGCGUGGAUGCGAGUUUUGCCAAAGUCAAUUUGAACGUAAAGGGUGAAGACUCCUCCAAACUCCAGUCGUCCUUCGGUAGUUUGAAGAAAGAUGAAGUGGACGUCCCGAAGCUGAUGCGGGAAUCCAAAGGCAGAGUUCUGGACAUGUCACACUCUCUGAUCCAGCAGACGAAAGAGAAACAGAAAAAUGUGUUUGCCAUUGUGAAGGAGCGCAUCGUGACCACACAGCCAUGUUCAGUCAUAGAGGUCGUGCAGCAGCGAGGAUUGCUGGUGGGGAGUCAAGUUCCCUGCCUCCCCAAAGUGUCUAAAAUUUUACUGACGGAAAAUGGAAAGUUGAGCAAAGACAGCAACGUUACAAUGGAGAUUCCUCCACACACCACGAUAGCCUACGGCAUUAUAGAGCUGGAGAUCAAAAACGACGGGCAGUUUGAGCUGUGUGUGAUGUCAGGCGGAGGUUUUGAAGUAGACGGCCACAGCAAGACGAGCCUGCUGUGUGCCUCAGCACCAAUGAACAAUGUGAUUCAGCAGGAACUGGAGAAACUGAAGGAUCAUUUCCAGCAGCUUUCCACCCUCCCGGCCUCCACCAGGUCAUCUCUGCUCCACCACAUCACAGGACUGAUGCAGGAACCGGCAGCCGUCUGCGCACUUCAGAACGUGCUGGACCGGAUGUGUCUGGGUAAGAAACCCAGCCUGGAUAAUGAUGGAUUAAAGGAAUCUCAGCAGCAGAGCAUCCAAGCAAUUUUGGAAGUGUUGGAGCAGUCUGGUGCAGAGGAGCCGACUCAGAGCCCAGUCCUCACCGCAUUGCAUCUGGUUGUCAGUGCGUUAGAGGAGUUACCAGAUGAUUGUCUUCCCGUUUUAAGUGUUUGCUGUAAUCCUGCAACCCUACAGACUUUGGAGCUACUGGUGCAGUGCGUGUCAGGAACCCGGGAGGCGAGUCUGAGCAGCACAGCACUGCCAGAUGACGACUACGAAAAGACUGGACAUAUUUUUGCCUCCUGUAAUGUGUCUCUACAGAGAGACAGCGACGUGCUACGGGUUGAAAUCAAGCACGAACCAGGAAAUUAUCCCCUGAUUCUCUGCAUCGCUAUUAAAAGUCUUGCCUCGUUAGCCUGUGGUUGUUGAACCAUAUUAACUGAAUGCUGACACUAAAAGGAAAUCCAAUAUAUUAUGUUUUUUUUGGGGGAGGGGACUUAGUCUGGACAUUUAUAAAUAAGUGCUUGAAACAUAAAUGUCAGAAUGAACAUCGGACUGAAUAUUUUUUAUUGGCGGAUUUUACAUCGUGUAGGACUUGGACUUCAUUGAAUUGAAUGUGAUCAGACAUCGAUACCCUAAAUAGGCACCAUCUGAUAAUUAGGGAUCUUCUGUUUCAGCAAAAUUCAUGUUAUACGUUCUACCUCAACACAGUUGUUGUAAAACUAUGUUCUACAGUAAGUCUCUUGUGGCUUGAGAUUGUUUUUGGCCUUUUCAAUUAAUUGGUCAACAAAUCUUUUUUUUUUACAUAAAACCAAAGAAGUCCUUGGGAAAUUGAUUUAGACUUUGACUGUAUGGUGUUUUCUUUAUAACUUUGUAAUUUUGUGUUUUUAUGUAAAACACUUUGAACUGCCUUUCUGCUGAAAGGUGCUAUACAAAAAGAUUGUUUCACCUACAGCGUCCAAGGCCGUCUUCUACUGCAAAUUCAUGGGCCUCGCUUGCAAAUUUUUAAACAUAAGUUGUGCAUAAUGAAAUGAUGAUCCUUCCUUAUUGAAUCUUAUCUUGCAAAGAUACCCGUUUUCCCGAUUUCAAGUUAAAAUUUUAGUUCAUUUAGGAUUUUCUGUGACAGACCAACAAAAAAAAAUUUCGCUUAAUUUCGCAAAUAAUAGUGAAGUAAAGAUGAUAGGAUAGGUGGUUUACAAAAAAUCUGAAGUGUGAUUGACGUUUGUUACCCUGACACUUGAGUACAGGUGUUUUGUGAAAUUGUACAAUCACAAGCUUCAAUGGAUUUCUGUGGGAUUUUAUUUGAUGAACUGAAAUGUAAGAGAAAAUUUAAGUGGAAGUAAAUUGAUGCAUGUUUUUUUUUCUCCCACAAAUAAAACUGCAGUGCAGAAGA